GGCCUAGCCAGUGGGAAGUAGAUAAUACUUUGUCACACAUUCAAACGUGCAUAUCAAAUAGCAAUAGUUUAUAAUCGUUUUAUGUAUAAAUCGGUAGUUUUCCACUUAUUUUUCUCUCUGGCAUAUUUUACGUGGAUGAUGUGUUAAACUAUCAGGAAGAAAACGGCAAACAAAAUGGAAAAAGGAAUGAAAGUUUUAAUAGCAAUGGACGGUAGUAAAUAUUGUGAUUAUGCAUUCGAUUGGUAUUUAGAAAAUGUGAAGAAACAUAGCGAUUAUGUUAUUUUGAUACAUUGUGUGGAGAUGAACACUAUUGCUGCAAUGCCUGGUGAUAUUGGUGCCUCAGGUUUACUUGUGAGAUCUAUAGAACAAGAAAGAGCAGCAGCUGAAAAGUACCUUCACGAGCUUACAGAACGUAUGAAAGCUGCUAAUCUCCACGGCAAGGUAAAAAGAACCAAUGGACCAGCCAGAUCAGAAAUACUCCGUGUGGCAGAGGAAGAGAAAGUCGAUAUGAUAAUCACAGGAACACGAGGUAUGGGUACUGUGAGGCGUACGUUGCUAGGCAGUGUUAGUGAUCACGUGCUUCAUCAUUCUCACGUGCCUAUAAUCAUCUGCAGACAUAAGGACGAAGUACAAGGUGUAAAGAAGUAAUAUAUAAUUAAGUCAACUAGAACUGGAUGCCAGAAACGAAUUCUUGAAAUCUGUCAGUGUUGUUUUAUUUUAUUACAAUGAACUUCUUUGUAAAAAUAUUUAAAAUGCUUAGACAUAAACGCACAUGAACUAUAUGAAAUAUUCAUAAUGAUACCGAAAGUCCUACUUAGGUUUAAGCAUUUAUGAUUACAGCCAUUGUGUACUAGGAUGUUAGAUAUAAAAUCACGUGACCCAUAUUACAGGUGUGCAAUUUGAUAUUUGUAGUAGACACUGAGAAGAGAUUAUUCAUAAGCAUGUAUUAUGUUCGUGCUUUUUAUGAUAAUUUUGAUGUACAUGUUUAUAUACAUGGUUGCCCGUUUAAUCAGCAAUAUUUAUAUGUCAAAUGAAAGUCCCAGCUGAGUUUUGAUUUUUCGCAUGAACUCUGUGUGUUUUUCCACAGAAAAAAAAUGAAAUAAUAAUUAGUGAUGCUUAGAUCAUAAAACUGAUAGUAUUUGUUCAUCCAAGCACAUUCUUCAUUGAAAUAUAGCCUAAUGUCUAUUUACUCUUUUGUAUUCUCUGAAGAGUAAUGCAAUAGGACCAAUCUAUGAAAGAUAAGCAAUGUCAGAGUACCUUUUAACCAAAGGUUUUUGUUGAGUUAUAGUUGGUUUAUAUCUGUUGUAACAUUAUGUAACUGUUAUCAGGUCUAAACCAGUAUACAUUUUAUUGCAUUGUUACAUUUGCAACCCAUGAAUAUUCGUAUACCAUGAACUUAUUCUAUAAUGUAUAAUGUAAAACUUGAUUUGUUUACCAGAUACGUUGUUCAUAAAAGGGUAAGAUAGUUAAAAGCUUAAAACUUUACGCAUAUUUGUAAUGCUUUUACAUUCUUUUUAUUGCACUGCAUUAAAGACUCACGCACGGCGGUGAUAUGUUAUCAUUUAAACUCGUAUUUUAUAUUCAAAUUGUCCACAUCAACACUGGUCAAAGGAAAAUGUAAUACAUUAUCUAUGUUUGUGCUAAAGUUAUUUCAUACAGUUAUUAUUAUGAUAUAGAUUGUUACCCUGCGGUCGAUAAACACAGUAUUUCCAGUUUUAUCUCUCAAAUUUGAUAUUUGUGUUAAAAUGAGAUUUUGUAAGGCUUCAAUUUGAAAUUUCAAUAUCAGUUUUUAUGAGGUUUCAAAUUGAUAUCUGAAAUGAAAUUAGAUUUCAUGAUGUUUCAAUUUAAUUUGAUAUCUAAACUGGAAAGAUAUUCAGAAUGCUCCAUUUUUUACGUCUUAAUAGAAAUUAGUUUUCAUAAUGUUGAAGCUGAUACCUUAAAUAAAAUAAGCUUUUAAUGUUCAAAUUUGAUAUGAAGUCAGUAUUUACGAGGUUCAAUUUUCAUUUCUUAAUGUUUUGAUGCCAGUUAGAUGUUUCAGUGUAAAUAGGUCAGACUUGAUAUUCAGACAAUUUGGAAGACUUGAAAUGAAGUACAAUCCAUUCGAUUUACUUUUAUUUCACUCGAAGUUUACAAGUUUUACCUGUACUACUUAACGGUUUGUUUGUGUAAAAAAAAAUCUGUGGUUUCCAUUGUAUUCCAAAUUUUAGAAUUUCCUAUUUACUAGGGAAUAUUUUAUUUCGACGAAAAUAGUAAGAAUAAUUGUAUUAGUGGUUUCCAUUAAAUUCUUACAAAAGUAAACAUUAACUUGUGUUUCUUUGACAUGAAAACUUUUGAGGUACAUUUUAAAUUCACCAAUUAGAUAUUUUCUCUAAUGAAUCCAGGUAAUAAACAAGCAAAAAGACAUAAGUAUUAUCAAAUACAAACUUACAAUUUCUGGUCUAAAACUGUGACGAAAUCAACAGCAGGCAUUAUAGUAGUAACGAAACUAUGAAUAUUCGAAUAAGAACUGACUGGUAUCCUGGCAACUGUACAGAUGUUGUUAUUCUCUUUAUGCUCUUAAGAGGGUUACGUCUGGCUUAGACAAUUGACACUAUAUCUCCUCCUUAAUAUAUACCAUGAUGUUUUGAACACAGAAUUAAAACAAUUUAUCCUAAAUCUCUGACAAAGAGGACCACGACCAUGUACUGGUUUACUGACAGAUUUAAAAUAACAUUUGCUCUAUGUUAAUGACAUAUUAGCGUAUACAAAAAAGUUCUUCGAUGUAGAUUUAAGUGAAGUUUCUACUUUCUCUGAAUCUGUCCAUUUUCCACGAAGUGAAGAAAUAUUAGAUAGGAUCGUUGCCUUGUUUUUAUUUAAAGGAAAAGAUUGAUUUAGAGUUUUAUGACAUACCAUAUAAUGAUUCAUGUAAUAAUGUUUUUUUCAUUAUGUCAUUUCAAAGCGAUUGUUUUGUGAGAUAGUUCCCGUUUUUCGUACAAAUUCAACUUCAUAUUGAUGUUUACAACAUACUCUUGAUGUCAUUCACAUACUAGCUUACAAGUACCUACAAGUACUGGAAACUAUCUGUUUUAAAAUCUGGAAGCUUCGAGUCCUAUAAAAAAAUUAAAGACUAUUUCGUUCACUGAGUACAACAAAUUGAUUUAUUCUAACAUGGCUCGAUUUUAUUUUCAGUUAAACGAAGAAGGAAAUCAAGCUCUGUAUAUUCUGCGAUAAACAACGGUUGACGCGCGGACCGGUAAGAGGGCAUUAUGACGUCAAUUAUGACGUCAAAUUGCCGCAUGACGUCCGAUACAUUACUUCUCGCGUAAAUGAAGUCCAGCAUAAUAUUUAUUAAAUUAUGUCAAUGAGCAUGUCAGAAUGAAAACAAUCAAGGCCUUCUUGUGAUUUAUCGUCUAAUUUACCACGGUUCAUCGUUCAGGUGCUUCGGUAUUUAACCACUCGGGCUAACGCCCUCGUGGUUCAAUUCCUACGCAUCUGAACUCUGAACCGUGGUAAAUUAGACGAUAAACCACUCAAAGGCCUUGAUUAUUUGUUAAUUUAAAGACUCUUAGCUUGGGUCUUCAUCUACGUAUAAAAGCCAUGCUGUAGAAGCCUACUUCUUGUUUUUUUCUCAGUUUACAUUUUCCGAAAUUUAUCUAUGUGUAUAUAAAUGUAUAUGUUAUAGAUAUUUGAUAAUAUAUAAAGAAAUCCACCAAUG